AUGAAGCUAUUUCUUAUUGGCGCUGCCGAUCUCCGCACGCUGCGACCCGCACAGGAGGUCCUCUGCUCUGGAAACGCGCCCGGGCACACGUCCGUGCGGCGUCGUGCGUCACGGUACUCGGAGAAAGCCGGAGACUUGAUAGAGCGUCUUCGAUGCGUAUCACAUGGAGUGUGCCCUGCAUCCGUAAACGCCAUCGGGAGUUCCGCGACGACCUUCAUCAAUUUCCCACCCACGUGUUCCCCCUGGCCUGCUUGUUGUGUUCCCCCUCCAUUCACGCCGCGCGCAGUGGUGCCUCAUGCAACGAAUGCCUCAAGCAAUAAUCGUCCUGAUCUGCAUGAGGAGAAGGAGAAUGACGUGACGACCAAGGUGGAGCGAUCCAAACCGGCUUCACAUUUCGCGACUGGAGAGAAGACUUCGCAGCUCCGGAGCCGAGCGGAUGACCGAUUCAGCAGCCUCGACUCCGGAAAGAUGAACGGCGUGAGCUCCCGAGGAUCCUUGGAGCGGCAAGCAGAAUGCAAGGACAAGAAGAUCUUGCCGCCCAAGUUCUACGCGGUGCCUCACAACAAAAUCGUAGAGGAAGGGGACACGGCGACGUUCUACUGCACUGUCGCUGGGGAACCCUUCCCCAAGGUGACAUGGGAUAAAGACAACGUCAAAAUUAGGCUAUCGGAAGGCGAGGAGGACGCGGACGACGCACGUGACCCGGAUCGCAAAUACCGCAUGGUCGUCCGGAAGGACUUGCGCAUCCUAGAGGUGUUCGAUGUGUGUCAAGAAGACGCCGGUUUGUAUCGCGUGACGAUCGAAAAUAGUUACGGAAGGACCCAAGCUUCUGCCAGACUCGACGUUUUGAGAUUGCCGUCGCGGGUGCUUCAGAAAUGCCAGCUAACGGAAACAAAGCUGUGCUCUGUAGCCCAAGCCUCGAGGAAUUUCGCAAUGUUUGGAAACGGGGUGUUUCGUCCAUUACAGAUCGAUCGUCAGGGCCCAGGAUCACUCACCGCCUGCGCAACUUCGCCGGCUCGCGAUAUUCCGUCCCGCCUCAGUUCAGCCGCCGUCCGAGCAGCUCGUCCGUGUGGGAAAGGAGCCGCGAGUGUCCACGUCAUGGCCUGGCAAGUACGCGUCAGUCAUCGACUCAAAAGAGCUAUUCCAGAUUCCAAUCCGGGUCGCGAUAUGCUAACCUUCGGUUCGAUCCCUUUGCUGUCAAACCUUGCUAUAUUCGACACGAUAUAA